AUGGCAACUAGAAAUCAACAAAAAGAAGUGAAAGUACAUACGAAUUACGAACAAAGAGCCAAAACAUACGGAAGUAAGAAGGUUCAAAAUGCCAAUACCAACAAUGAAGGUAAGGUAUUAGUAAAUGCAAGAAACCUACAAAUGGCAACAACAACACCAAAAUCGCGACUACCAGCCAACAUAACCACGUCACCUAGAAAUCAACAAAGAGAAGUAAAAGUACAUACGAAUUACAAACAAAGAGCCAAAACAGUACGGAAAAAUCAACAAAAAGAAGUGAAAAUAUAUAUGAAUUAUAAACAAAGAGCCAAAACGAUAGUAUUAGCAGCUACACACCAGGGCACCACAGAAACGACACGACGACACCAAAAAUCAGCGACACCAACAAAGAACAGCACCAGAAAUCGACGACACCAACGAAUGAUAACACCAGAAAGGGAAGAAUACUAG